AAUUUAGAAAACAUGUUUCAGUAAAGAUAAUUGUCAAUAGUCAGAAAAAAGCAUCUCAAACACGUAUUUUCACGACUUCCCAGUGAAGUGAGACGUUUACGAGCUGGCCGUGAAUGCCACAGAGACAGAGCAGUCGGACUGAGAGGAGGAUCCGGUAGAAAAUGGUCCAGUGAGAGCAGAGGAUGCCAGCUAUGAGUCAGAGUAGUCCUGCUCUGUGGACUCAGCUCCCCCCGGGCAGCUCUAGUCAGUCCCCUUGUGACCGCUACAAGCACGCCUGUUGCAGCAAUGAUGGAUAUGUCUAUAUCCUGGGAGGCAGAGACAGCAAAUGUCUGAGGGACUUCUGGAGGUACAGUGUAGUAUGUAACGAGUGGACAGAUUUGAGCUGCACCAGUGAAGCUGCACCAGAAGAGCUAGAAGGACAUUCUAUGGUGGCUCAUAAGGGCUUUCUGUAUGUGUUUGGAGGUAUGUUGGAUUCUCCAUACACCAAGUGCAGAUGUGUGCUUUGGGUAUUUGACAUUGCAAAGAAGACAUGGGUGCACUGCGAGGGAAAAAUGAGUUCCCUUAAGGCCCUAAUGCCAACUAACAGAAAAGGACACAGUGCCGUGGUGCUUGGCUCUGCCAUGCUGGUCUAUGGAGGUUUUAUAGACAUGAAAGGAUCCUCACAGGACUUUUGGACUUUGGAUUUUGAUUCUUUGACUUGGGCCCUGAUAAGUGGCUCUCAGCAGGGCUCAGUUGGCCCAGGCCCCAGGCACAGUCACUCAGCAAUGGCCUACCAGGACUGCAUGUACCUGUAUGGGGGCUGGAAAGGCCUGCAAGAGCAGAGAGACUUCUGGAAGUGGAAUUCCACCAACCACCAGUGGAGCUCCCUCAGAACCAAGUCCGGUCCCUCCAGGCUUGUGGGCCACUCAGCUGUAGCCUACAAGGACAGUAUGCUUCUUUUUGGGGGAGGUGAGAGCCAGAACUCCCCAAACAACUGUCUGUGGAGGUACAGCUUCACCACUCAGACCUGGGAGCAGGUUGCCACGCUCCCAGGCUCUGACCCCCCAUACAAGAUGUAUCACUGCUGCAUUGGGCUGGGUCCAGGCUACGGAUCUAACACCAGCUCAACACUCAAACCCAGGCUACCGGAUGACAAACAGAGGCCCUUCAAAAACAAAUGUUUUCCUGAACCUCUCACUUUUCUAGGAUCAGAAGGCGCUAUAGAGCUCGAAACAUUCAGCCUGAACAAGAGCAAAGACAGCUUGACAGGAAAAGAUGCACAGUGGACUGGAAACUGCUUGACCUUUCAGAACAAGGCUUUCAGGAAACAGUGGAGCUGCAGGGAGGACGAGCAGCUCGAUGAGGAGGAUGAAGCUAUAGUCAAGCACCUGCCCGAUCUGCUGCUGGUCCUGGGAGGAAAACCUAACCCUAGUCACAACCCCAUCUCCAUAUGGCAGAUGACUCUGACGAACUCCUAACAACCCGUGAACAGAGAUUUACAAACUUUGUCUCCAUGUAACAAGUAUUAAACUGUUAUAUUAUGACUUCAUCUUGCAUGUUUAAAGGGUUUACUGAGAUUCUUUAAUAUA